AUGGCGACCCCGCCGUACGCGGCGGUCAAGUGCCUCAACACGUCGUCCUCCAGCCGCAAGCGCUUCGUGUUCAAGUCCUUCUCGCAGCGGGUGGAGGAGAUCGACAUCGAUGUGUACCGCAGCCUUCACGCGGUGAAGGCAGAGCCAUCGAGCGGUUCGUCGUUCUUCCUCGACGCCCUCGUGGAGUGGAGGGAGCUCAAUACUGCAGAGGACUUCAUAUCUUUUUAUGAAGAGAUGAUACAUUUGGUACAAACACUGCCUCAAAUCAUAUUGCACCGUGAAAAAAUAUUUUCUGGACUUCUACAAAGAAUAAAUAUGAAAGCAAGAUUGUCCCUUGAGCCAAUACUCAUGUUAAUUGCAGCUCUGUCCAGGGAUAUUCUUGAGGAUUUUUUGCCAUUUCUAGGAAGACAUGCUAGUGCUAUUUUAGCUCUCCUUAGUGAUGGAGGUGAUCGAGAUCCUGAAAUCUUGGAGCAGGUCUUCACAUCAUGGUCAUAUAUAAUGAUGUACUUGCAAAAGUAUCUUGUAAAAGAUGUUGUUCAAAUUCUCAGGAUCACAGCUCCACUGAGAUAUUUUCCAAAGGAUUAUGUUAGAGAGUUUAUGGCUGAAUCUGUUUCAUUUGUACUGAGGAAUGCACCCAUUAGUCAACUAAUACAAGGUGUAAGGAAAGUUCUACUUGAGGCUGCUAAAAAUUCAUUACCCACACAUAUAGAUGGGGUAACAGCGUUGCUGUGUUAUGUCAUGAGAGGAACUCAUGCAAGGUUUCACUCAAGAGCUGGAAAGGUCAUGGAGUUCUUGUUGAGCAAGUCAAACCUCACUACUAUUCAAGAAAAAUUCCCCAACGGGUCUUCUACUAUUCGUGAAGUCAUAACUGGGCUGAUCCAUAGGUUGUGUGAUGAACUAGAUCAAAAAGAGUUGCAGUUGAUAUAUAGUUGUUUAUUUGAAGAAAUAAACGUUUGCAUCAAGGAUGGCUACCUGGACCAUUUAAAGUGCUUGAUCGAUUUUCUUACCUUUGCUUUACAAAAUAGCAAACAAAGUGAUGUGGCUGAUAAGGCUAACAUCCAUAAACUUGUUGAAUCGCUGGUCAGUGAGUAUAUGCUACCUGGUAGCUGUACUGGAGAAACUUCAUCUGAGGUUCUUGGCAGUGUUCUGGACUUUCUGCUUUGUGUUUUGGAUGUUCCAGUUAUUUGUGGCAACUUAUCCUUCAUAUCACCCUUCUAUGGUCCAGCAUUCAAAUUAACAGAUCCUAGCGUGCUUGUCUUUGUGAAGAAACUAUUGACAAAGGGUCCACAAAUUAUACAAACUUUUGAGAGUCAGAUAUUGAGUGCAAUGGAUAAUUUUCUUGAGACUUCGCCUGAGGAAGUUCUGUUUAUUCUUCUGCAUUUCUUCAAGAGAUCGAAGAAGCAAAUAACUCUUCAUGGCAUUGAUGGAAGUUAUUUAGAUCGGGAGAAGAAAGUGUGCAAAUUCUUUGAAUCAAAAGUCUCUUUCUGGCUAGAGCUAUUAGACAACAUGGUUAAAACUGGCAACCACUCAAGCAACCAGGUGAAUGAAAAGGAAGCCGCUAUACUAUGGGGAUCUAUUUGCUGCUACCCUAAUAUUAAAAAUGUACCUAGAGAUAAUUUGUCAAUGCUGAAUAAGUUAAUUUGCAACAUUGAUCGGCUGCUUGAAGGGGAAGAAGAGAACAUUAGUGGUCUUCCAAAGACUACUUGGAGAAGUCUACUUGGCGCAGCAUUAUCAUCAUAUCAUGAAUUACUGCUUAUUGACACCAGAAGAAAUCCAGAAACAGGCCAUAUCCUAUCUCUUGCCAAGAGACACAGCACAAGUCUACAAGUACUAUCUGCUAUAGCUGAAUACUUGGAUUCCUUACAUGGAGCAGCUUCCUUGGGGAUGGCAGAAGAAUGUGGUCCACAAAAUCUUUUGGAUUUGUUCUCUAUCUUUGCUGUUAACUUAAGCAGUCCAAAUAAGGAUAUCCGGAUUUUAACAUUGAGGAUUUUAUCCUAUUUUGGAAAGAUGGAUCAACGUCUAGGCACAGAUGAGGAGCGACCACACAAGAGGCAAAGAACAGAAGAUUCUGGCAAUGACACUGUUGACAUGAAAUAUUCUAAUGUCUUGGACACCCUUCUGGCUGUUGAAUCAACUCCAAUAUCUGUAUCUACUAGCCGGAAAAUUGCUAUCUUGGUUUCCCGCAUUCAAAUGAGCCUGUCCUCCAAGAUGGUUCAUGAAGAUUACAUACCUCUUCUCUUGCAUGGGAUUAUUGGCAUAUUAUACAAUAGAUUUAGUGAUCUCUGGACACCGGCAUUGGAUUGUCUUGCUGUCCUUAUUAGCAAACAUAAGGAGCUUGUCUGGAAUCAGUUUAUCCAAUUUAUCGCAUUCCACCAGUCAAAGGGUCUGACUGUGAAAAAUCCAGAUAAGCUGGAAGCUUCAAUCCAACCACAAUCUAUUUAUGACUGCUUCAGCGUAUAUCUCGCCACAGACUUUGAUUGCACACCUCUGGAGACAGUUGCCACUCUGUUGCUUCAGUCUCUCCAGAAAAUACCUGAUGUUGCUGAGUCUCGCUCACGGCAUCUUGUGCCAUUAUUUCUAUCCUUCAUGGGCUAUGACAAUAGCAACAUCACUAGUGUUGAUUCAUAUAUGUCUAACAAAUGUAAAGGCAAACAAUGGAAGAUGAUUCUGAAAGAAUGGUUGAACGUCUUGAGAUUAAUGCGCAAUGCUCGAUCAUUAUACCAGAGCAAGAUUCUUCAGGAAGUACUAACUAAAAGGGUCUUAGAUGAGAGUGAUCCUGACAUACAAUCAAAAGCAUUGGAUUGCCUUUUGAACUGGAAGGAUGAAUUCAUGACACCAUACAGUCAAAAUCUUAAGAAUCUAAUUGACUCAAAAACCCUUCGUGAAGAGCUCACUACAUGGGCAGUUUCAUGUGAUUCCUUGUCUAUUCAGAAAGACCACAGACGUUGUGUUGUUCCUUUGGUUAUCCGUGUAUUGACACCUAAACUAAGAAAGUUAAAGUUGCUUGGUUCUCGAAAGCACACAGGGGUUAGUCAUCGGAAAGCAAUUCUCCGUUUCCUUAUGCAAUUUGAUUCAAAUGAGCUUCAGCUCUUUUUCUUGUUACUUCUGAAGUCCUUGAUUCCUGGGAGCCUUCAACUUGAAAUAUUUGGUUCUCAGUCCGAUAACCUGCUUGUAAAUAUUUCUGACAUCAUGGGAGCUUCAACACAGAUCUGUAUAGAGAACCUUACAUGGAAAAAAGCAAAUGGUUUUCUGCAUUUGAUUGAAGAAAUUUUUGGAACUUUUGAUAUUGCACGUAUUAGUCCAGUUCUUGAUGUCCUAUUGAUUAUUGUUGUUCGCUUGCUGGAGAGUUGCAUGCGGAAUCUGAGAAGUGGGAACGGAGAAGACUAUCCUAGCAAGCAAUCAAACGACCUUGAUGGCGACUGUUCCAUGACCGUGGAAGCUGGUAAUUCUAUGAUCUUGAAAGGGUGCUCAAAGGAUGGGCUCUCAGCAGACGAUACCAAGGAAAGUGUCUCAAUCAAGCAAUUGAAGGACCUAAGGUCUUUAUGUAUUAAAAUUGUUUCAUUGGCACUUAGUCAGUAUGGGAGUAAUGACUUUGGAGAAAAUUUCUGGAAUAUCUUUUUUACUUCUGUGAAACCUCUGAUUGACUGCUUCAGACAAGAGGCAUCCAGUAGUGAGAAGCCAAGUUCAUUAUUUUCAUGCUUCAUGGCUAUGAGUCAGAGCCCAAAACUAGCACCAUUAUUGGAGGCACAUAACCUUGUACCAGCUAUUUUUUCUAUUUUAACUGUGAAGAAAGCUUCAGGAUCCAUCACAUCUUAUGCACUUGAGCUCAUUGAGAAUCUGAUGAGGCUGGAUAGUGAUUUAGAGCAGCAUGGAGAUCAUUCACUGAAGAAAAUUCUUGUUCCACACAUGGACGUUCUUCUCCAUAGUCUCAAAGAUUUUGUUAGUUAUUGCAGAGAACUUCACAGGAAAUCUGGAAUGUGGUUUGGGCAACGUGAACUGAGGUUGUUUAAAUUAUUGUUGAAGUACAUCACAGAACCCUCAUCUGCAGAGCAUGUUUUAGAUGUCAUCCUUCCAUUUUUCAGUAAGAAAGAAUUGAAUCCUGAUGAAUGUUUAGAAGCUCUACGUGUUGUUGAGGGAAUACUUCCAAAUCUAAGAUGUGGAGUAUCUACAAAAAUUCUGAAUGCACUGAACCCGUUGCUGGCCACUGUUGGACUGGAGCUGCGACUAUGUAUCUGUGAUAUUUAUGUUGGACUAUCAUUGCAUGAGUCUUCAAUGUCCACUCUGGCUAGGUUAAUACGGGAUCUCAAUGCAGUUUCUACCUCAGAGCUUGGAGAACUAGAUUAUGACACUAGAAUUAAAACGUAUGAUAUGAUUCAGCCAAAGUCUUUUCUUGACAUGAGAGAGGAGCAUGUGGGUGCCAUAUUAUCUCACUGUGUGUAUGAUAUGUCAUCUGAAGAGUUGAUUUUUCGGCAAAGUGCAUCCAGAGCUCUUCAAUCAUUCCUCGAAUUCUCUGCUUCAGUCAUGAAUAAUGAGUCGAAACAUACUAUAGAAACAGAGGAUAAUUCAAGUGGCAUUUGUACAAAAGGCAGUAUUCAACAUAUAUUAGAGAAAACUUACCUUCGCAAUAUGGGAGUGGCAAUGAGUAAAGAUAUCUCGACUCAGAAGGAGUGGGUUAUUUUACUUCGGGAAAUGGUCUAUAAUUUUAAUCAUGUUCCAUCCUUAAACUCUUUUGUUCCUCUCUGCAAGGAGGAUCUGGAAGAGGAUUUUUUCCACAACAUAACUCAUUUACAGGCUGUUAAAAGAUCAAAAGCAUUGUCUCUUUUCAAGCAGUGCAUCAAAGAUGCCGAGUUUUCUGAGGAUGUGAUGAUGAAAGUCUUUGUUCCACUCUUUUUCAACAUGUUUUUUGAUGUCAAAGCUGGGAAGGGUGAACAAGUAAGAGAUGUAUGCUUGGAUACACUUUCAUCUAUUGCUGCCAAGGUGCAGUGGGAGCAUUAUCGGACAAUAUUGAUGAGAUGCUUUCGUGAGUUGAGUCUGAAGCCUGAUAAGCAAAAGGUCAUAUUGAGGCUUAUAUGUGCUGUGCUAGACUCGUUCCAUUUCAUGAAACCUUCAAACGAUGCCUCGAAGAAUUCUAAUGCUAUGGACGAGGAUUUGGGUUCUUCCUUGACUUUCUCCUCAACUAUAGUCUCUUCUGAGAAGCAACACUACCUGCAAAAGAUAGUAUUUCCACAGGUUCAAAAGCUAUUGGGAGCAGAUCCAGAGAAAGUCAACGUCAGCAUAAACCUGGUAGCACUUAAAAUACUGAAGUUACUACCGAUAGAUUAUUUUGAGUCACAACUUUCAAGCAUCAUACAUCGAAUUUGUAACUUCCUCAAGAACCGUCUUGAAAGCAUACGUGAUGAAGCAAGGUCAGCUUUAGCUGCAUCUCUAAAGGAGCUUGGGAUUGGGUACUUGCAGUUUGUGGUCAAGAUAUUGAGGGCGAUACUGAAAAGGGGUUAUGAACUCCAUGUUUUAGGCUACACACUUCAUUAUUUGUUAUCAAAAACCAUAACUUCUGACAUAAAUGGUAGGCUUAACUAUUGUUUAGAAGAUUUGCUUGCGGUUGUUGAGAGUGAUAUACUUGGGGAUGUUGCGGAACAAAAGGAAGUUGAGAAGAUUGCAUCUAAGAUGAAAGAGACAAAGAAGAGAAUGUCAUUUGAGACCCUAAAGCUGAUUUCUCAAUGUAUUACAUUCAAGACGCAUUCGUUGAAGUUAAUCUCACCGGUUUCUGGCCAUCUUCAGAAGCACCUUACUCCAAAAUUAAAGACAAAGCUUGAGAUGAUGUUACAUAAUAUAGCUUUGGGGAUUGAGUGCAAUCCAUCUACUGAAACAUUUGAUUUGUUUGUAUUUGUUUAUGGGCUUAUUAAGGAUACCACUGCAGCAAGUGAGUCCCAGUGCAAAGAGAACGAGGGAUCUGGUCAUGGUCAGGAAAAUAUUUGUAGAAAAACCAUCCCUGGGCUAUGUGUUAGUGGGUUGCAAAAUUCGUAUAUAAUUACAAAUUUUGCAGUUACGCUAUUGCGUAAUCGUUUGAAGAGCAUCAAGCUAGAUAAGGAAGAUGAGGAACUUUUGUCAAAGUUGGAUCCUUUUGUUAAUCUUUUGGGAGAAUGCCUGAGUUCCAAAUAUGAAAGUGUCAUCUCAAUUUCUUUUAGAUGUCUUGCCUUAUUGGUUAAACUUCCUUUGCCAUCUCUCAAGGACAAUGCAAGUAUUAUCAAGAAUGUACUUAUGGACAUUGCACAGAGAGCUGGGAAUUCCAAUGGUCAUUUGGUCACAUCUUGUUUGAAACUACUUGCUGAUCUACUUAGAGGAUUCAAGAUUUCACUCUCAGAUGAUCAGCUCCAGAUUAUUGUUCAUUUUCCUAUUUUUGUUGAUCUCCAGACAAACCCUUCACCUGUUGCCUUAUCACUUUUGAAGGCAAUAGUCAAAAGAAAAUUGGUUUCCCCUGAGAUUUAUGAUAUUGUAGUUAGGAUAGGAGAAUUGAUGGUAACAACUCAAACUGAAUCUAUACGUCAGCAAUGCAUCCAAAUUCUGCUGCAAUUUUUUCUAAAUUACCCACUCUCUGAGAAGCGUUUACAACAACAUAUUGACUUUUUCCUUACAAAUCUAAGCUACGAGCAUCCAUCAGGAAGAGAAGCUGUGCUUGAGAUGCUCCAUGAUAUUCUUACUAGAUUUCCUCAGAGGAUAAUUGAUGACCAAGGUCAAACAUUUUUCUUGCAUCUUGUAGUUGCUUUAGCAAAUGAACAGCACCAGAAUGUAUCCUCUAUGAUCCUUCGAGCAAUCCAAAAGCUGUUGGGGCGCAUUGGUGACCAGGGAAAAAAUUCUAUUUUUGAAUAUUCUCUUUCGUGGUACACAGGUGAAAAGCAGAAUCUGUGGAGCGCUUCAGCCCAGGUCAUUGGUUUACUUGUUGGGGAUCGUUCGUUGGGAAUUGCCAAACACCUUAGCAGUAUUUUGGCUGUUGCUAAGAAAAUAAUGGAAUGUUCUGUCAUUGCUUCUGGAGGACCGCAAGUAGAUUUAGCUGAUGAAACUUGCCUACCAUUUUGGAAGGAGUCAUAUGAGUCCAUUGCCAUGAUGGACAGGUUACUUUUACGCUUUCCAGAGUUGUACUUCAAGCAAAAUAUGGAGGAAAUUUGGAUUAUACUUUGCAAGUUGCUGAUCCAUCCCCAUUUGAUGUUGCGUAAUAUAUCCAGUUCUCUGUUGGCCUCAUAUUUCUCUUCAGUAGAGAAGAGUAAGCGUGAAAUGAAAUUGGAUGGCAAGUCUGCACUGCUUGUCCAACCAAGCAGGCUGUUCCUGAUUGCUGUUUCAUUCUUGAAACAAUUGAGAGCAGAACUAAGUGAUACUACAGCGAACAAUCUAAUUGUGCAAAAUCUUUCAUAUGCUGUCUGUAACUUGCAUACAUUGAUUAAGCAAACCUCGCCACAUCAGUUCUGGUCUAGCCUUAGUUCCUGUGAUCACGGUGCAUUCCUUGAGGGUUUUGAAUUGUUUGGUUUGACAAAAGCAAAGAACACAUUUCUCCUUUGCACUUCUACAUCUACUGAUGUAAAUGGAUCCAACCUUGAUGGCAGUGAAGAACUUACAUCAUUGUUAGUUUCUUCAAUCCUGAAGAGGAUGGGAAAGAUUGCAAUGCAGAUGGAGGAUACACAGAUGAAGAUUGUAUUCAAUUGCUUCAGCGUGAUUUCAUCAGCUCUUGGUGCUGAAGUAUCACUGUCCUAUGCUAUCCACUUCUUGGCCCCUUUGUAUAAAGUUUCUGAAGGGUUUGCUGGGAAGGUCAUCAGUGAUGAUGUCAAGCAAUUAGCGGACAGUGUCCGGGACAAGUUGUGUGACCUGAUUGGCACCGAGAAAUUUGUAGAAGUUUACAACAGCGUCAGGAAGGGCCUCAAACAGAAGAGGGAUAGCAGAAAGCAGUCAGAGAAGCUUAUCGCGGCUGUGGACCCGGCGCGCCAUGCCAAGAGGAAGCUGCGCAUCGCAGCCAAGCACAGGGAGCACAAGCGACGGAAGAUCAUGACCAUGAAGAUGGGGAGGUGGUUAAGGUAGUGUUCUCGUAGCACGCUAUGCAGAAUCGAAUUGUACAGCGCUCAUUUCAGAACCGAACCGCAAGCUCUUCGGGUGGAAGGCCUGCAGGAAAUUUUGUCAUCCCUAAAGCUUUGUGUUGUCAUUCCAAUUUUGUUGACGAGAUCUAGGAUAUACCAUAAUCCAAUGUGCUUGUAGAUGUGCUUACUGUAAAGUUUACUCCUCCCACCAGUUUAAACUCCUGUCCACAGACAUAUACUACAAAGGAAAAAUUUACUCCUACCUCCGCC